AUGGAGCAACUUGAUAAAAUUCGGGGUAUACCGGUGGCGAGACUAAAUGGGAUGCCGACACGCGCGGCGCAAGAGCCGCCGAAGCCAGCCACGGCGCUGUACCGGCGCGCCUCGUGUCCCAGCUUCUGCACGGCUGGGCCUCGCGAGGUCCUGCCCAUUCCCUGCCAAUACCUGCCGCGGACGCAGUCGGUGAUCCUCUGCGACGAAGCGAACCACGAACAUGGACAGCAUUACGCUGCAGCACAAUACAAGGUUUCUCAAAACUACUACCGGUCGUACUGCACGCCCGUGGGGCCCUGCGCAGCGCCGGCCGCGCAGUCGACGGCCCAGAUGCUGCAGCAACUCGGCAACGUGUGCGCCUGCCCCUGCCCCUGCCCCUGCUCCUGUCCCGGGCCCUGCAAGUGCGGCUGCUGCCUGCCUGCACCCUGCAACACGCCUCCGCGCUGCAUCCAAUACAUGACAGGUUACUACUACUACCCUUACGGCUUCUGGUUCUGUGGACCCUACCACGUGACGGGUACCUGCGUCCCCGGCGGGCCUGUGUCCCCGGGCGGCCCCUGCCAGCCCUGCGCUCCUAACCCUGGCGGACCCUGCGGCCCCUGUAACCCGUGCUGCGUCUGCGGAAUAUUCAACGCUUGUGGCUUAGUGCCAGCUCUUGAAGAUAGCUCGGCGAAAGAGCCGCCGGCCCUCAGUGAACUGCCGGACCUCAGCAAACUGCCGCCGGCGGUGGAUAUUAGUAAAGUGUUGCCAACUUCCAUGAAUGGUCUGGUUAUGGGCUGCAUUGCACUCAAUGCCCCAUGCAAGGCGUGUCGGCCUUGCGGUCCGUGCCCGUGCGGCCCGAAUCCCCCAUGUUGCGGUGGCCAAGGCCCUUGUGGUCCAUGUGGACCCGCCGGCCCUUUUGGACCAUGCGGUCCUUGUUUUCCCGGGGUCGGCUGUAGUAAUGGCGGAUUCAGUGGCUGCGGCGCGUGCGGUCCCGGCAACUGUGGCCCUUGCGUUGUUGGGCCUGGAUGUAGUAGCUACUGCUGCCAAGGGGGCUGCUGUGUCGGCCCUGCCGGCUGCGGACCGUGUGGUGGCUGUGGUCCUUGUGGCCCUCCAUGUGGUCCGUGCGGACCAUGUGGUCCUUCGUGUGGCCCAUGUGGCCCUUGCGGCCCAUGCGGCCCUUGUGGUCCCUGCGGCCCAUGUGGUCCAUCAUGUGGCCCUUGUUGUGGUCCUUGUGGCCCGUGCGGUCCAUGCGGCCCUUGUGGUCCGUCAUGCGGACCAUGUGGCCCUUGUGGUCCAUGUGGCCCGUGCGGACCUCUUUGCGGACCUGUCUGCGGUCCCGGCUGUCCUCCCGCCUGUGGUACAUGCCUUCCUUUCGGGUGCGGCGCGUGCUGUACCGUGGGGCCUUGCGGCAGUGGUUGCUGCGGGCCCCCUGGCUGCGGCCCAUGGUCGGGCCCAUGUUUCAACUGCACGUGCCAGCCGAUACCUGUGUGCGGGCCCUGCACGCCGCCGCCUGUCAGCCCACCCUGCCCUUCGUGCUGCGUACCCAUGUACACAAACCAGGCCCCGCCCAAGGAAGAACCGAAAGCAGACCCGGCCAAGAAUACGGAGGCCAAAGCGAAAGUGACGCCACCACGGCCAGAGAUCAACCCCGACUUGAUUCAUAAACACCCCUUUAACAAGGUGGGGGCUACAAAGCCCUUGAACCUCACCAGCUCGGUACUCACUUGCUACUAUUCUACGUACGCUGGGCUGAACCACCUGUCAGGGACGGCGACGGACGAUAACACACGAUUAAAGCGGCCAAUAGGAGAUCUCAAAAUACUAGCGAAGGCGAAAAGCUUUGGUUCUAACGUGAGUCCCGAUUGGCACGAGAAUACGUUAGUUUUAUCGAACCACGUCGCUUCUACGAACAAUAAGACACCUAAGGACAAAGCCACGAAGGAAGACCAGAUUUUCUUGACGUCGAGCUGGCCUAAACUACCCAAGAGCACAGGACUAAAACCCACGGUCCAAACCAGUUAGUUGUACCCAAAUGAACUUGUUUUUGAUGAUAUUUGACUUCGAACUUUAAUCCUUGACUUUGAUACUUGUAAUUAUUAAUUGUUGGACUUGAAUAUGUAAUAGGUUGAAUAAAAAUCGUGACAACUA